CAAAUAAUUAUUAUCACGUAUAAAGAAUAUAAACUAUAACAUAUACUUAACCUGCAUCUAUUUAUAUAUUUUGUUUUGAUAACAAAGAAGGUUAGGUAUUUGUAAGAUCGUAACAUUUGAAGAUUAAGUAUUUGUUUUUUAUUCAAUUAAAUAAAACAUUGUAAAUGAUAUUAAAUUAAAUAAGAUUAAAUAAGAUUAAACAAGAUAAAAGAUUAAAUAAAAGAUAUUUGUUUAAUUUUAUAAGAAUAUGAAUAAAAAAAGCAAGAAAGUAAUACCAGGUGAUGGUUUACGAUCUUUAAAGAGUACAAUGUUAUUUCGCGCAAUUAAUUAUGAAUUAUAUGUUAAACCGAAUAAAAUAAUAAUGAUUUUUGGAACAAUUGCAAUGUUUGGUUGUGUAGGAUAUAUUGUUUAUAUGCAACAUAAUUCUAAUAAUACAAAAUACUAUUCUGUAAUUAAUUCUAAUGAAACAAUUGAUUUAAAAAAAAAAACAUCAAAAUGGACAAUAUAA